AUGCUCAGCGACGAGUUCUUUAUUGAUGAUAAUGAAAUGGAGGGCAAGGAGCGAUUUGUUUUGAUUUAUGGCACUAUUGCAGAUCUGGGCGGGCAUAACCUCGGCGUUGUUUAUGACCAGCAGCUCAAUCAGGCCUCAUUCCCAAUGACCACAGACAACAUGGAAAGUGUGGAGCCUAUUGACGAGCACGAGGAAAUGUGGUUCCCUCUGGAGACUAUCCUCACCCAAUGGAUCUAUAUGACUCGGAUUGGUAAGGUUGUUGCUGGGCUUCCCGAAACACUCCCUUCUGGUGGUCCCCCGACAAAUAGAUCGCAAUUUUAUCUGUGGUCGUGGCUCCCUUACUGCAAUGCCCAGAUUGAUAGCACUAUAGCUGCGAUAGAGCGCUACUCAGCUGCAGUCGAAUCUCGAAUGCCUCCUGACUCACUUCUGCCUAUCUCUGCACCGCUCUUUACCAGUGCAGAACUGGACGUUGCGGCCGUGCCGCAGGACUGCUUUAUUCGCUUGCUCCUAACACGAGUUAAGACUCCGCGUUUCAAAUUUAUCGCGCCUGGGCUUGAGGUUCCGCAUGACAAGGAGGCGUUUGCGAGGCGCCAAAGGUUUACCAAUAUACCUCAUGAAGAAGAUAGCAUCCCAGGGGUCCUACUAUUUGCAGCUCCAGACCGAUCGGUGGAUCUCAACCUCGAGAUUCGUCGCUUGUUCUCCACCGCACAUGAGAAUGUGAGGAUGAACGACGACGAUCCUGUUCCCAUCGGGCUCUAUAGUGAGCCUGUGCGUCGAGGAGUUUAUGAUAUGGAGGAAGCGGGUUUCCGUCUUGUGCUACCAUUUCAAUUACGACCUGGUUUCUUCCGAGAUGAGGAUGGGGCUAGGAUGAGUGACGGGAAACCAGUUACCUCGGGCUCAUUUACAGAGCUCUUUCAACAUGGUUACUUCCAUCCGUUUGGGGGGGAACGGCGAUCGCAAAGACUGGAGAGACUGUUUGAACGGUGGAUAGUGCUUAUUGAAAGUGGUGUAUGGACAGUGGGUGAAGCUGGUGUGGAGGGAGGCAUCGAUAAAUUCGGAGAUGCGGAUAGAGGUGCGUGGAAUGAAUAUUCGAUCGCACCAAGCUGGUGA